AUGGCCGGUCCUGCGUCGGCGUCUGCCGCCGGCAAGGCGAAGCCCGGCGGCAAGGGCGGAGGGGACCACUUCCUGCGCAUGGAGUCGCGUGUCGAAAACAUGGACUACCUGAUAGGCCAGCAUGUGUGGAUCAAGGUGGACAGCGACGAGCUGUUCGCGCUGGUGACGGUGAAGUCGUACUCCGCCGACAAGGUGUCCGUGUCGUACAACGGCGAGCAGCUGACGGUGCCGUUCGAGCACUGCCUGAACGUGGACGUCAUGAACGCGCCGCUGGAGACCCACGACCUGGUGAAGCUCCCGCAUGCGAACAGCGCCGUGGUUCUGGACAUUUUGCGCACGCGUUUCAUGUCCAACCUGAUCUACACGUACGCCGGUAAGUUGCUGAUUGUGCUGAACCCGUUUCGGCUGAUCCCCGACCUGUACGGCCCGAACGUCAUCGAGCGCUACCGGAAGUCCGACAGCGCCAUGGGGUUCCCGUCGGACGUGCCGCCUCACACUUACGCGGUUGCGCAGUGCGCAAUCAGCGGGCUGCUGCGCAACGGGCAGUGCCAGUCGUGCAUCGUGAGCGGCGAGUCCGGCGCGGGCAAGACCGAGACUGCGAAGCAGCUGAUGAGCUUCUUCGCGUACGGUCCGAGCAAGAGCUCGGACAACGUGCAGCAGGUGGUGAUGGGGUCCAACGUGAUUUUGGAGGCGUUCGGCAACGCGAAGACGCUGCGCAACAACAACAGCUCGCGUUUCGGCAAGUUCAUCAAGAUCCUGGUUGCGCCCGAGGGCGGGCUGAAAGGCGGGAUCAUCUGCAGCUACAUGCUGGAGCUGUCCCGCAUCGAGUUCCAGGCCGAGGACGAGCGCAACUACCACAUCUUCUACCAGUGCCUCAAGGGCCUCACCGUGGAGGAGAAGCAGUCGUACGGGUUCCGCCCGAUGGAGUCGUACCGCUUUCUGAACGGCGGCAAGUGCUGCGACGCGCCCGGCAUCGACGACGUGAAGGAGUUCGCCGCCGUGCGCCGCGAGCUGCAGACGCUGUGCCCCGACUCCGGGUUCGCCGACUUCAUGCGCUGCAUUGCGGGCAUUUUGCUGUGCGGCAACAUCGAGUUCACCGAGGUUGCGGCGAUGGGCGUCGAGAACGCCGCGUCCGUGUCCAACCGCGACGACUUCGAGCAGCUGUGCGGGCUGCUGGGGUUCGGCAGCGAGCAGGCCGAGCGCGCGUUGACGACGAAGGUCGUGAAGAUCCAGGGCAACGACAUCGCGUCCGCCAUAACUGUGCCUGCGGCGGAGGUGAACGUCCGCGCGCUGGCGAAGGACCUGUACGGCGCGUUGUUCGAGUUCUGCAUCGACAAGAUCAACAGCAUCAUCCAGUUCGACGACAGCGCGCAGCGUUGGAUCGGCAUCCUGGACAUUUACGGGUUCGAGUACUUCCAGCGCAACACGUACGAGCAGCUGCUGAUCAACUACGCGAACGAGCGUCUGCAGCAGUACUUCAUCAACCGCGUGUUCGCGUCGGAGAUCGCGGAGUACGACGCGGAGGGCAUCAACCACUCGUCGAUUUCGUACACCGACAACUCCGAGGUGCUGCUGGUGUUCGACAAGCCCAACUGCUCGAUCUUCUCGUUCCUGGAGGAGCAGUGCCUGAUCCAGACGGGCUCCGCGGAGCGCUUCACCGCGAGCUGCAAGUCCAAGAUCAAGAGCGAGCUGUUCGUGCCCGCGCAGGGCGCCGUCUGCCGGUUCACCGUCAUCCACACCGCGACGGGCGUGACGUACGAGACCGACGAGUUCGUGGCGAAGAACAAGCACAAGCUGAGCCCGGCGAUCCUGGAGCUGCUGCACAACUCCAGCAACAGCAUUGUGCGCGAAAGCUCCGCGCGCAUCCCAGCCGAGACCGGGAACAUGAAGGGCAAGUUCCUGGGGUCGAAGUUCCAGAGCUCCAUCGGCGCGCUGAUGCGGACCCUGAACGAGACCGAGUCGCACUUCAUCCGCUGCAUCAAGACCAACCAACAGAAGCAGCCGCUGCUGUUCGAGACCCGCAACGUGUACGGGCAGCUGAUUUCGCUGUCCAUCGUGGAGGCCAUCCAGACCAUCCACCGCGGUUUCGCUUACCGCGCCACGUUCGAGAAGUUCAUCCAGGACAACGAGUUCCUGAACUCCUUCCUGAACUUCCAGUCGUCCGGCGGCAGCGACAUGAAGAGCUCGAUCGUGACGAUCAUGCGCAACCUGGGCAUCGACGAGAACGAGUACCAGGUGGGCCACACCAAGGUGUUUCUGAAGAAGAACGGCUGGAUGAUGCUGGAGAAGGUGUUUCUGCAGUACAGCCAGGCGUCCAAGCCGCUGACCGCGGCGCUGUACAGCAUCAUGAGGGUGUGGCGCAACCGGCGCCACCUGGAGCGCAGCCGUUCCGCCAUCAUCCGCAUCCAGUCCAACAUGCGGCGUUACGUCAUCCAGGCGUCCAGCAUCGCGAUGCGCGAGCGCGCGAACGAGUUCGUGGGUCUGGUGUUGGCGCUCGACUUCAUGCUGAACGAGGACCCGCGGGUCGGCGCCGCGACCACCAUUCAGGCGUGGUGCCGCAUGUUCAUCUGCCGCCGCCGUUACCUCCGGCAGUUGGAGGCCAAACGCGCCGAGCAGCGCCGCCUGCGUGCGACCGCCAAUCUGCGCCGCGUCAAAACGGUCGUCCGUGUGGUGGGCGUUUGCAGGUUCAUGGUGCUCGCGUGCGAUGAGCGCAGGUUCGUCCGCGCCGCGACGACGAUCGCCUCCUUUUGGCGCAUGCACGUGGCCAUCCGCCGGCUGAACAACCUGCGACUGCGGCGCCUCACCGAGUUCGCCGCCACGAUGAUCCAGAAGCACGUGCGCGGGUACCUGUGCAGGAAGGGUUACCGCCACCUGCUGGGGCUGCGUGUGCCCGCCACUCGCAUCCAGUCCCUGUUCCGGAUGUGCCUGGCCAUCAACCACCUGCCCCGCGACGUGGGCCUCAGGUGCCGGCAGAUCCGCGAGCGUCUGCGCGCAAUACAGCGCCUGGCCGUGGUGCAGACCCUGGCGCGGUCCGUGGUGUUCCACCGGCAGCUGCUGGCGGCGCACGACGCCGUGCUGUCGCUGCAGAAGUUCUGCUGGCCGCGGGCGUGCAACAAGGACAUAACGCGCGUGCAGCGCGCGGGUGCGACCAUCAAGGACCACUGGCGGCGCUACAACCAGUCGUCCGUGGUGCGUGUGGAGCGCAACCGGCUGCUGGACGGCGCGAGUCGGCAGCUGCUCGAGCGCCUGACGACCGAGGAGACCGAGUGCGCGCACCGCGUGCUGCAGCGGAGCGCCGCGUCGAGGAACCGCCGCCUGUUGCCGGUGCAUGUGAACGUGUACUCUGACCAUCGUCCCGCGUACCCCAGCGGGUGGUCGACGUGCUUGGAGCAGCUGCUUUGCAAGGGCGGCUCCAAACCGCCCGGGAUGACAUCGGUGGGCAUGUGCCUGCGCCACAGCGUGGCCGUGCUGGACGACAGGGAGGUGUACGCGUUCGGCGGCGGGUCCCGGCUGCCCCGCCUCCUGGCAACGGUGCCGCCGCCGCUGCAGGUGACGUCCGUCAAGUGCGGCGCGGAGCACGCGGUGCUGCUGCUGAGCGACGGCACGCUCUACGGCUGGGGCGGCAACGCCAACGGGCAGUGCGGCGUGGCCCCGUCCACUGCGGCGAUAAAGUCGCCCACGCUCAUCCGCAUGCCGUUCAGGGACGGGCAGCCGAUCCACGUGCGCUCCGUCGGCGUGGGCGCGUACCACAACUGCGCGGUGGGAGUGAAUGGGGAGGUGCUGGUUUGGGGCAGCCACGUCGACCUGAACCUGCCGUCGUUCAACGAGGACAUUCUGACCCCGGCGGAGGUUCCUGCCGGGGAGUGGCUGCGCGGCGAGCGUGCGGAAGAGGCGCACUGCGGGCGCCGCGUGAGCUACCUGCUGACCGCGGGCGGGCAGGUCCUGUCCUUCGGCCGCAGCACCAACGGCCAGCUGGGGCACGAGUUCCCCGAGCGCCGCUCGCCGAGGCCGGUGGACCUCCCCGACAGGGUGGUUUCGCUGUCCUGCGGCGGCAACUUCACGCUGGCCGUCACCAGCAAGUACGAGGUCUUCGUCUUCGGGACUGCGCUCUGCGUGCGGGGCGGCAGGGAACUGCAGCACACCUUCGCCCUGCCGACGCCCCUGGCGGUCGACCGCGCCGUGCUGAGGUCGCCGGUGGUGCGUUGCAGCGCGGGGCUGUGGGAAUCCAACGUGCUGACGGAGGCCGGGCGGCUGUGCGCCUGGAGCCACUUACGCCUGGACGACGGCCGCGCGCGUCCCAUCAUCUACGUGUACUCGUGCGCGUCGGAAUGCGCGCUGCUGGACGUGCAAAGUGCGUACUGCGGCAGUCUCUCCGCCACUCUCGCCGUCAUGCAGCGGCCUGGGCCGUAG